UAUUGUUCUCUGUUGUUAAAUAUCAAUACGAAGCAUAAUAUGUUAAGUUAAAAGUUAAACAGGAAUUUUGUUUUGUGUGAAUAAAGGUACCGGAGAGUGUCUGGGCUAGUUUUAGCUAGGCUACCCUAGCUUACGUUAGCAGGCCAUAGACAGUUUAUUUUGUUUUUACCUUUAACCUUUUACCUGUAAAAACAGCCGUCUGGAUUGAAUGUGACUGAGAAACAUUCUCAGUUAAUAUUGGUAUCCGGGCUGAAACAAAUCCGCCAAGAGUGUCUUGGUUGUGAUGGCUUCCUUUGGCUGGAAGAGGAAAGUAGGCGAGAAGGUUUCAAAGUCGGUGGUGCAGAAGUUUGAGGCUGAGGAGGAGAAGCAGGAGGCUGGAGAAGAAGGACCAGGUCAGGAUGAGGAGGUGGACUGGCUGCACGCCAUCAAACGGCGGCGGGAGGUCCUGCUGGAGGACUGCGAAGUGAAGAGCAAGAGGCUGAAGGACGAGGGUGCACUGCUGGCAGAGCAAGGCAGGCACUGGGAAGCCGUAAAGAAGUGGGAUGAAGCCAUUCAGCUGACUCCAGAUAAACCAGAGCUGUAUGAGAUGAAGUCACAGGUACUAACCAUUCUGCAGGAGGUUUUCCCAGCCGUGAAGGCAGCGGAGAUGGCAGUGAAGCUCCGCCCCUUGUGGUGGGAGGGCUGGCAGACUCUGGGCCGUGCCCAACUCAACCUAGGAGAGGUGGAGCUGGCGAUGAAGUCCUUCCAGGUUGCGAUCCACCAGUGUCCGUCAGAGCCCACGCUUUGGCAGGAAGACCUCGCAUGGGCACGGAAGUUAUGGAAGCAGCACUUGGCAACGAAGGAGAAAUUACGUCAAGAGGAAGAGACGAAAAAACAGAUUCUUAAUGCCCCUGAGCUGGAGCAGGACUUUGACUUCGAGUCGGAUGAGGUUGUGGCCGCCUGCGAGGCUGUUGCCGAGCGACAGAUGCGUUAUGAGGAGCUGAAGCGGACUGCUGUGGUCAUCGACUCUGAGGGAAAUGUAAAAAAUGUACUUGCCGGAGAAGGGGGAGCAGAGGGCACAGAGACACCGUCAGAGGAACAGUUUGUGAAAGCGAGAGGACUUUGAGCUGAUCUCAGUAUGAAUAGAUGGUGUUGUUUGUUUUUUAAAGUCUGUUUUGUGUUAUUUCUGAAACUACUGAGUGUGUGAGCUCAACAUAUCCAUGUGCAGACAUAAUACGUAUGCUCACCAAUGAAAAACAAUUAGGUUGUUGCUUUUCAUUUCCCGUCCAUGAUAAUAAACAUCUCAAAUGACA